GAGGAGACGUCCAUCUAUUCCAUCUCCUAAGAGGAUCUCAUCACCGCGUCUCUCCAGUAAUCAGAGGAUUCCGGGACGCGAGGUCAUCAUCUGACCCCCGGCAAGGCCAAAGAAUGAGGGUGUCAUUGCCAAGUACACCGAUCGUCACCUGGGGGGAUUACUUCACUCCUAGGAGAAAAUGUUCCACCACCCCCCUGUGUCUGCCCGCUGUGCCAGUGUCACGUACCACCAGCAUGGUAUUCCCUCCUCGUGUCAACCCCCUCCAUCCCCCGGGAGUGAAGAGGAGGAUGGUGAGCCUGGAGACCGUGCCCACACACCAGCACAAUCACCAGAGGGUCAUCUGCAUGCAGCAAAGAGAAUACAGCCGGUUCCACACGGGCUGGAGGCGACCCUUUUAUGGCACAGCGGUAGAAAAAGAGGAAUACAGAAAGGAGACCAGACAUGUGCUGAAGAAGCAGAUGAGUGACAAGUGGGCUCUUCAGAGGGAGUCCCUAGCCAGCCAGAGCAAGGAACUGGAGACUCUCAAGGAAGCGGACCGGCUCGCCAUUGUCCAGGACCUGGAGCAGGAACGAGCCAAAGCCUUAUUCCUGAGGAAAUACAGGGAUGAGAAUAAACGGUUAAUGGAAAGCAGAUGGCAAGAAAACCGGCUGACCCGAUCCUUGGAGACGCUGAAGGAGAGAGAACUUCUACAAUAUAACCCAAUUAACUGGAGCGGAACUCUGAAAUAAUUUUUUUUUAAGUGUUUGCUGCGUUCAUUAAAAAGGCCCCCAUUAUAGAGACAUUCUUAAAAAAAAUCUCCUUUAAAAAAAGGGCACCACGGCUUUAUUCCAGGUAUGGAUAUUGGACCAGCUUAGACCAAUAUUACUAUGUAUAUACCACACCUCUGGAUCCUUUAGAACAGUGAUGGCGAACCUUGGCACCCCGG